AUGAUGGGAUCUACUCGUGGGUUCUUGGAUAGUCACGUUCCAAGUAGCAAAGUUGCAGUUAGUGAAUUCAGGAUCCCGAAGUUUAAGAUCGAUUACGGGUUAAGCGGUGGAGACAUAGGGUUUAGUGCAAGGAACUUGUUCCACAAAGCUUGUGUUGAGAUCGAUGAAGAAGGUGCUGAAGCUGCUGCUGCCACUUUUGUAACGCGUUUUGGGUCUUGUAGGCGUCCUAAGAGGAUUGAUUUUGUGGCGGAUCAUCCUUUUUUGUUCUUGAUUAGACAAGACGAGACUGGAACUGUUUUGUUCAUUGGUCAGAUCUUCGACCCUUCCCAAAAAUCUUCUUAG